UUCUUUUUCAAAUGGGUAUCAUGGAAUGCUUUUAGUUUUUGGAUCCGGUUCUAUAUUUUCUGCAAAAUUUUCAUUUUUGAUCAUAGCCUUUUUGAGUGUUGUGUGCGUUUCUUUUGUUUUAGUCAAUAAGAAGGAUACAAAAUUUAUGUGUAGAAUUUUUAUAUUUGCAUUCAAAGGUGGCGUGGUGUGGUGUGUUUUUCUUUUGAUUGUUUGGUUAUAGUAUAAUUGGUUUUGGUAUGAUUGAUAAAUUACCGGUUAGUUAAUGUAUUUGUGUUGUGUAUUUGUUUUAAGCUAUAGCAGUGAUAGUAGCGACCGACACUUCUAAUUGAACGUGCUCUGUUGCCUGAUAGGACACCGAUAUACGUGAUUACAUUCAAUUGUUUAUAUAUACUAUUUUUUUAAAUUGUUGCUAGUGUCUAUGUGUCAGUGGACAUUGUCACGACACUAUACAUGUGGUUAUAUUCAAUCACCUACAUAGUUUUAAAUUAUUACAGGUGUCUACGUGGCAGCGUGUAUUAGUAAAGUGUACCGUUUUAGUGUUAGUGCUUUAUUAUAAGUUACAAGCAAUCUACUUUGUGUGUGUUGUUAAAGAUUUGAUGCGAUGUUUAGAUCACAUCAUUAGCAAUUACUGUUCUAGAAUAUUUUUCUUGAAAGCUUAUAUGUUUGUAACACAUUUUCCGAUUUGGAUAUACUGUUGUAAUAACAGGAUGCAGUAGCACACAGUAACUAAUCCUAGCCGAAAAAAUCUUAAAUGAAUGGCCGAGAUUGUUUAUAGUUGUUUUUUGACUAUGUAAUCGAAACUGUCCGAUUUAAAAUCAAUGGUUGAGAUCACUUACUGCGUCAAACUGUGUUAAAUGGCUACUGUAGCUAAUCCUGGUCCCAUAUUUUCCUGUCUAGGCAUGACUCAUCAAUUACUGAUAUUUCAUGUAUUUGUGUUGUAUAGUUGGUCUGAGCUAUAUAACAGCGACACUUCGAAUUGUAUUUGAAGGUUCUGCUAAGGUUUAACCGGUACUUGAAGCAUAUUGCCUAGUUUUCAAAGAGAGAAUGGGUUAUAUUGGGUCUCAUGGUGUUGCAGCUCUGCAUAGAUACAAGUAUAGUGGGGUAGAUCACUCCUACGUGGCAAAAUAUGUUCUACAGCCCUUUUGGACUCGCUUUGUUCAUCUAUUCCCCCUAUGGAUGCCUCCAAACAUGAUAACUCUGAUGGGAUUUAUGAUGUUACUAUUGUCUGCAUUGCUUGGCUAUAUAUACUCACAUCAAUUGGACUCGGCUCCUCCAAGAUGGGUUAAUUUUGCACACGGGCUACUUUUAUUUUUAUACCAGACAUUUGAUGCUGUUGAUGGGAAGCAAGCUAGACGAACAAGUUCUUCAAGUCCAUUGGGGGAGCUGUUUGAUCAUGGGUGUGAUGCGCUUGCUUGUACAUUUGAAGCACUUGCUUUUGGGAGCACAUCCAUGUGUGGAAGAAGUACUUUCUGGUGGUGGUUGAUAUCUGCAAUUACAUUUUAUGGUGCAACUUGGGAGCACUAUUUCACCAAUACACUUAUACUGCCUGUUGUAAAUGGACCUACAGAGGGUCUUAUGCUAAUAUACUUCUGUCACUUUUUCACUGCUAUCGUCGGUGCUGAGUGGUGGGCUCAGCAAUUUGGAAAGUCUUUGCCUUUUUUGAGUUGGUUGCCUUAUCUUUCUGAUCUUCCCACAUACAGUGCUGCAUUGAGUUUGAUGAUAGCUUUUGGUGUUAUACCGACAGUCACAUUCAAUAUCAUUAAUGUUUACAAGGUUGUGAAGUCAAGAAAGGGAAGCAUGCCUCUUGCAUUGGCAAUGCUUUACCCAUUUGUUGUCCUCGUUGGAGGAGUGCUUUUGUGGGAUCAUUUGUCACCAUCUGACAUCAUAACCAAUUAUCCACAUUUAGUUGUUAUGGGAACAGGACUUACUUUCGGAUAUCUUGUGGGAAGGAUGAUUUUAUCCCACUUAUGCGAUGAACCAAAAGGCUUAAAAACUGGAAUGUGCAUGUCCCUCCUGUAUCUCCCGUUAGCGAUUGCUAAUGCCCUUGCAUCAAAGCUAAAUGAUGGGGUUCCUUUAGUUAAUGAGAGACUUGUUCUUCUUGGUUACUGUGCAUUUACAGCAUCACUUUACUUGCAUUUCGCGACGUCUGUCAUUCAUGAAAUUACAGAGGCCCUUGGAAUAUAUUGCUUCAGGAUAACUAGGAAGGAAGCUUAAAUCUACCCAAUCUUUCGUUUAGCUUGCAGGUCAAGAAAACUACUGGCAAGGUUUUGGUUGGGACUAAUUUUGCUACAUGGAAUUUUUUAUUAUGCAUUGAUUCUUAGAUAGAUUAGGAGAUCUAGUUGUGGAAACUUGAUUGUUUCACCACAAUGAAUAUAUUCUUGUUAGCUAUUCUUUUCUUCUUUGGAAUAUGAUAAUUAUGUUAGACUAUAGUUUGUAUGAAAAUAUUCAGAAUGAAGCCUAAAAUCAUACUUCUUUUUUUUGAGUUCUAAAAUGAUAUCAUUUAGAUAUGUGUUGGGAUGGUUUUCAUUUCUGAACUAUGAGUAGAAGGUGAUGUCUCUUGUGGCUUUUAAGUCCCUUAUUAAAUAA